AUGUCCUCUGGACCGAACACCCUCAAUUACGCUAUCUACGACGCAGCACAUUGGGAUGCGCCUCGCCCUCGCCUGGUUUACACCACCGAACUUCCCACCAACUUGAUGGGCGGAGCACUCGCAUAUCUUUUCCAACGUUUGAUGAAAGAUCAUCGCGGUCAAAACUGUGCAUGCUGUAAAGGUCGAACCAUACUCUUUAAAACAGCUUGGCGGGUGAAAUUACCUGUCGAUAAACUCGAGUUCCAUGCGCCAUAUCUACCAUGGCCUUUGGAACACGAUCCCUCAGCAGAUAUACGUCUGCUCGACCCUGCGGAAAAUGUCUCUGCGACAGACUUCAGGUUGAGUGAACCUGGUGUUAACAUACACAUUCUAUUCGAGACCACCUAUGAGCCCCUGCCACCCCGAAAUCUUCCUCAGAGUCAUACUCUCAAACGCAGCCACGAAGACACAGAAUCCAAUGAUCAUGAGCCUCCCGAUAUUAAUAGAGGGUCUAAUGGGAUCGCUGUUGUCGACUCAACCUUGAAAUUAUCUCCGAACAACAACGCUGAAUCCAGUCAUGAAGAUGUCCCGAUGGUCGGAGAUAAAUCGGAUGCACAAUCCAACAAGAUUCGGAAAAUUGAAGGAACCCCGCUCGUGGUACACGAGUUGGCGUCCCCGGCUGAUAGUGUUGCGCUACCUCAGCCUGACACAAUCUUCUUCUCACAACAAUCUCCACAGUCCCAUAUACCAUAUGUCAACAAAGCUCGUUAUCUGACCGCUCUCAACCGAGUACUUGCUUCCAUUCACUGCGGGCUCAUUAUCUCGCCACCUAAAACGGGCAAGAGCAAUGUCCUGGCAAUGCUCAACGUCUGGUAUGAUCUCCAUACGGACACUGAAGAGCUGGAGCGGCUGUUCUCUCCGCUCAUACCCCAGUUGUCCACAGAAAAAUUGACAGCAACGGCAAAAACAUAUCUCUGCUUGUCAUUCGAUUUCAACCGCAUUCAGAUAUCGUCCGCUUCCGAUGAGGAGACGAUCUGCUCAGAACUAGAUGGUUAUUGGCAUGAUGUCAUUAUGAACUUCGCCAACAAGUAUAGCUCUUCUUUACCUAACAAUACCGUGAAGGGUAUUAAGGAGCGGACGCCAGUACAAGCGGUCCAGUACUUGGCCGACCAACUGCACACUUCGGGAAAACGUCUCUUCGUAUCGAUCGACCAUGCUGAUGCACCACUUCUUUCUAUCAUCAAUGCAAUGGUGUCGCAGCCUGGGGCUGGUCAAUUAGAAGCAUCUCAAAGGGCUGAGGCUCAUAUCGCACACCUCGUACACGCACUGAUUGGUCUCUGCGGAACUCGAGGGAAAAUCCCGGGCUCCAAGAUGUUGAUUAAUAGUGUCUUGCCCAAGUCUUCGCUCAAGGGAUGGGACAAUGCGACCAACGUCACCGCUUAUAUGCAACUCGCUGGCCUGUAUGGCAUCACAGAAGACGAGACAGAGAAAAAUCUUCGCCCUCUUUCACACCAAUCAGAGUGCAACACUGAAUCCUUUCCAUCCAUCGCUGGGUCGUUCAAAAUUACCACCCAGUUCAACGUAGGAAACGUCCCCAGCGGUGCGAUGGGUCCCGCAUCUUCCCCUUUAAUCAAUUGGAUUGUGCUUCACUGCGUGCCCUUACUUCAGGACUCCAACCUGCGGUAUUCACGAUAUGUUCACCUGUCUCGUCGACAAAUAUCAUCUUACACACGCUCAAAAAGCUGGCUCACGGAUCUUUUCACCGAUGACGGACUGAUGUGGCGAAUCUUACUGUCUCAUGGAUACCUUCGAGUAAUUGACUACGGAGGGGUCCGCCCCGACUCGGACCCAGUCUGGAAACUCGCCAUAAGUUCUCCUCUCUUCGCCAUACAGCUGUUUAUCAACUGCCCUGUGGCAUCUCUCCUACAUCGCGACUCUCUCAUUGAUAUGCAGCUUCGAGCACUGUUAGGAGGAGACACAUUUCCGUUCACAGAGGCGUUGUCGACAGAGCUGUGCUUCCGCGCUUAUCGAACCUUGUGGUCAUUGUCCGAAGCCGCCUUCCAUAUGAUGGUGGAGGACCAUAUUCUCUUCCGAGAUCCCACCUACCGCAAGCACGUCUUCAGUGAGGUCCGGCAAGUCGCCGACUUGAAUACAGCAGACAAAAUAUCCGUUUCUGGUCGGCAUCUCGACAAGGAUACAAAGCACAAAACUCACUUCAAGUUUCUUGACAUCUUGCUGUGUGAUUUGGGCCGCCUAAACCGCAAUAGAGCCAUGGUCGUCGAGUUGAAAAGCUUUUGCACGCAGGGCUUUAUUAUGGGUGAUCUCAGGACGCCGUAUGUCCCUGGAGAGUUUAACGCUAAAUAUUCAAGCGACGAGGAAAUGAGCAAGGCUUGCAUAGAAAAAGCCCAGCAACUUGCAACGCUGUCAUACCACACACUUCUCCAGCAAAGCUAUGCCCGCUACAACCAGGACAGUAUGGGCUACGACUUCAAUAAUCUCGCUUACCUCGUCCGAGAAGCCGAAACUCAGCUCAGGACAUAUUGCACGCUGCUUGCCGCUGGUCAAGCAGGACCGUCUCGGGUCGGAGUGAGUGAUAGAAGAGUGGUGGUAGGAGACCUCGACACUGCCGAAGAGGUGAUUGGGAUUACUUUGUGUGCAGUUGGUUCUCGCGUCAUUUCAACCAUUCUCAAGCCGAUACCAACAAAGUUUAGUUACAAAGGGGUACCGCAAUCUAUCUUAAAAAUGGGAAUGUAA